AUGAGUGUGAUACAAAUAGAGAUAGAUAAAAUUCGUAAACAAUUUAAGCAAUUGCGUGCUUGGAAAUCAAGUGAAAAAGAUCCAUUUGAUGAACUUGAACAAUGGCGAGUGAAUGCUCAUUUAUAUAUUGACCAAAUUUAUGAGCGUACACGAGCCGAAAUCAACAGCGCAAUGAAACAACAUGAAAAACAUCUGUUUCGUGAAGCAGCAAAACAAUGGAAUUUAUUCAAUGCCAUUCGAAAACAAGCAACACAAGGAAUAAGACAUGCAGAACAAAGCCAUGUUCUUAGUGGCAACAGUGAGUCAAUAUUAAUUUCCAGUUUGCAUAAAAUCGUAACAGAAAUCAACACAAAUUUGCGUAGUGGUGAAAUCAUCAUUGAAACAGUUCCUUUCAAUCUAGAAGAGACAAUUAAAAUAUCCUUGAGAACUGAUGUGAUCACACCAACAAGAAUAUUCACUUGGAAGAGUUCAACUGCCGAUCAAUGGGAAAAGGCCAAACGAAAACGUAAAGAAGAUGCUGCUCGUGGAUUUGAAGAAUGGAAACAAAAGAAAGAUCAAGAACUGAUCGACACUCGCCGAUCAAUGCAACAAGCAGAACGAGAAAGGCGAAAGCAAGAAGCGCAAGCACGAAUGCAAAAGACAGAAGACGCCCAUAAAGCUUAUGAAGAAUGGAUAGAGUCCAAGGACCAUAAACGUAUGUUCAAGAAAAAAUGA